AUGGAUACUGAAGUUGCUCAGGAAGGUGCAGCAGGACCACUUUUGAUACAAACACUUGAAAAGCAAGGUAUUGCUGCGGGAGAUAUCAAAAAACUCCAAGAAGCUGGCUACAAUACCGUAGAAUCUGUUGCUUUCACAACAAAGAAGCAGCUUAUUACAGUCAAAGGUAUCUCUGAAGCCAAAGCAGAUAAAAUCAUGGCCGCUGCUGCCCAGCUUGUUCCUAUGGGUUUUGCUUCUGCUUCCGACUACAACCAAAUUCGAAAGGAGAUGGUAUAUCUUACAACAGGUUCCACGGAACUAGACAAGUUACUCGGAGGUGGUAUCGAAACAGGCUCUGUUACAGAAAUAUUCGGUGAAUUUAGAACAGGAAAAACUCAAUUAUGCCAUACAUUAGCUGUUACCUGCCAACUUCCUAUAGAAAAUGGAGGUGGACAAGGAAAGUGUCUCUGGAUUGAUACAGAAGGCACCUUUAGACCAGAAAGAAUUAUUCCAAUCGCCCAAAGAUUCGGAUUGGACCCAGAUGACGUCAUGGAUAACAUUGCAUACGCACGUGCUUACAAUAGUGACCACCAAUCACAGCUAUUGGUUACUGCUUCUGCGAUGAUGGCCGAAGCUCACUAUGCUUUGUUAAUUGUUGACUCUUCUACAAACCUUUAUAGAACAGAUUACAGCGGUCGUGGCGAAUUAAGCGCCAGACAAAUGCAUCUCGGUCAAUUCCUUAGAAAUAUCCAAAGAUUGGCUGAUGAAUACGGAAUUGCUGUUGUAAUCACUAACCAAGUCGUUGCACAAGUUGAUGGUGCAGCCAUGUUCGUAUCUGACCCUAAAAAGCCAAUUGGAGGAAAUAUCAUGGCACAUGCAUCGCAAACAAGGCUUUCGUUGAGAAAAGGAAGAGGAGAAACACGUGUUUGCAAGAUUUAUGACUCUCCUUCGCUUCCUGAGAACGAAGCUACUUUCCAAAUUACAAAUGGUGGAAUUACUGAUGCUGAAUAA